AUAUCGCAAGGCAGCUGGCCGAACGUGUGGCGAGGGACAAAAAGGAUGGUGGUUUUGCAAAAUUAAAAGAGAAACGGGAUAUAAGAAGUACAGGAAAGACCAGGAGAGAGGAGGCCAUAAUAUCACGACUCAGGUUUGGACACACGGGUGUAAACAGCACGUUGGGCGUAACAGAGAAGCAUUUAAUAGGGAGAUGACAACUGUGUGGCACUUGAGACAGUAAAACAUGUUUUUCUUGUAUUUUAAAAGAACAAAUAAAAAAUAAGAGAAAGGAAACAACUGAUUCAAACACUGGAAAGACUUAAAAUGAUGCUGUAUCUUGUGAAUUUGCUACAACAGAACAUUAAGUGAACGCAUUAAGGGUUAUUCGGUCCACGCUUCUGACCAGUUGGUGGCGGAAAUGCACUAAAUUGUUCCGUACCACCUGCCAACAAAAAACACAAAGAAGAAGCUGGCAGGGCGACUAGGGUUUCCGACUUUGCAAGACUGAAAAACUUUGUAAACUCACCGGCAGUUUGAGGAUGAACAGAGAUCUGAAGCACUGGAGGGAAGCGGCCACUCUCAUUUUAGCCGCAGGUCACAGACUCGGUGCGGACAGUUCGCUGUCAAGGACACCGCUGGCCGCUCCGACAGCUUCACCGCUGCACAGGUCUCGCUUUGAUUACGACAUAUUGUUGCUUAAACGAAGCGGAAAAAGCGGAUUCAUGCCCAAUGCUUAUGUGUUUCCUGGCGGGGUGGUUGACUCCUCGGACUUUUCGAGCGACUGGCUGGAUGUUUUUAAGCCUUUCACCAACUCCUCAAAUUUUGGUUUAAGAAGUGUGACACAACCACUAGAGACCAGACCUCCAAUCUUCGCCACAGACCGUUUAAAACUGGGCUCUCCUAUCCCGGGAGAGGUCGCCCUCAGGAUCUGCGCCUUGAGAGAGACAUUUGAGGAAUCUGGCGUGCUGCUGGUUUUGCCUAAAAAGGAGGAGAGUAGGUUGUUAAAAAGAGUCGAGGAUGCACGUGGAAGUCCACAUCACACAGCACACGUAUUGGACCGUGAUGAGCUCACAAAGUGGAGAGCUCUUGUUAACCAACACCCCUCUAAUUUCAUCAGGAUGUGCAGAGAGUUGGAAGUGCUUCCCAACAUCUGGGCUUUACAUGAGUGGGCGAAUUGGCUGACUCCCACAGGUAAAUAUGGUACAACGAGGUUCGACACAGCGUUCUUCAUGUGCUGCUUACAGGACAUCCCGCACACUCUGCAAGAUGAGAGGGAAAUUGAGCGUUUUCAGUGGUCCACACCCUCUGAGAUCUUGCAGAGCUACCAGGCUCGACGGAUAUGGAUCGCGCCUCCACAGUUCUACGAACUUAGCCGCAUGUGCCGGUUCCCCUCACUGACCGACCUACACAGCUUCACCCACCAGCGGGCUACGAAGGGUUGUGAACAGUGGAUGCCUGUGAUUGUCUCAACAGAUGAGCACCACAUAUCACUGCUGCCAGGUGACAAAUUGUAUCCACUUGAUGCUGCAGGGCAGGGUGAUAAGAUCACAGACUCUCAGUUGAAGGAUCCUCAGGAAGAUUCUGCUCUGCACCGCAUAGUGAUCUCAGAUCCCUACACCACAACUGUACAAAUCACCAUCACACCCAAGUACAACCACGUGCUGCCUGUUGUUGAACCAGUCUUAUCACAUGCCUCAAAAGAUCAACUUUGACCUGCCCACAGAUCUUCCUCCUCCUCUUUCUCCUAUUCACACAUAAUGAAAGACAGCCAUGACAGAGAAAAUCUUCCUUUAAUGUUUUCAUGUUCUAUGUUAUAAAAUAGGUUGAAUUUAAGUAUUUUGAAAGUAUUACAUGUUAUAUGCAAGCUGUGAGAUUUAGUUUGAAUAAUACUUAUGCCAAGUAACAAUAGGUUAAUAUCAAAUAUCUUAGAGGCAAUAUGUAUUGUGUCAAAACUGUUGUGCAACUUAAAAACCUCACAGUUGUCCCACUUAGUGAUUAUAAUACGACUUGAAAACAAAUACUAGAUUUACAAGUAUCAAACUUGCCAUUUUGUUAUUUCAAGUUUAAUCUUCUUAUACACUACAAAGAUAACAAUAUAACACAUUGAUUUUGACCAGGACUAGCCUAACAUGAGAAGACUUUAACGUGAAUGUAAGUGUGCAGGAAAUGGGUGUACGUAAUGUCCUCUGAAGCGAUGAAAAAUAACUGUCUCUCAGUAGGAUAGCAUAUGUUGGAGGUGGAGGCUCUGCAUGGCUCCCACCUUUUCCCAUUUGGGGGUCUUCCCUGCUCACUGCAGUUUCCUUUAUGGCAAGUUAAUGAUUGAUGAGAAAUGAUUGCUGUCAGAUGGAUUGUACCAUAUGUCUGCCAUUUAUUAACUAAAUAUUAUGUUUUAGUUUCUUCAUUAUGGAUAUGAACUUUUAAAUGAUACAGUUUUAAACUUUUUAAUUUUUGCAGUAAUAUAAGUUGUGUCUCUAAAAGUACAACUUGGUGGAAGAUAAAAUCUUACCAAGAUGUGAUAUAAAUGUAAAAAGUAAGGCGAGACCUUGAUCUGUAUAUAUAUUCUGUGGAGAUUAAAGCUAUUGAUUUCA